AUGGUAAAAGUAGCAAUUCUGAUAGCACUUUCUAUUGCUGUUUUAGCUGUUAAACCCAGCUUAUUACAACAGGAAGAUAAAUUAUUAACAACUGGAGGAUCGGGCUGCCCAGCUGUGGAAACCGAAACAGUAAAAUUUGACGAGUGCGUUACAACAAGACAAGGGUGCCCUGGACCUCAAGGCUGCCAAGGACCACAAGGAUGUCCAGGCCCACAAGGUCCUAAAGGACCUCAAGGAUGCCCAGGACCAAAAGGACCUAAAGGACCACAAGGAGAACCAGGAGAUGAAGGCCCGCAAGGAUGUCAAGGCCCACAAGGAUGCGAAGGGCCAAAAGGACCGCAAGGAUGCCCAGGCCCGCAAGGAUGUCCAGGCCCUAAAGGAUGCACAGGCCCAAAAGGAUGCAGCAUUAAAAUUAUAGAAUACGACGAUGACGAUUGCUCAUGUGAAGAAGCUAUUCAUGCCUAA